AUGAACGAGGACGAGAGGAUCCAGGACAUUUACAAGAAGAUCGAGCGGGAGAAGGCUCUUAUCAACGCCGCACAUGCUAUGCGAUCGCAGACAAACAAUGAAGCCGUUCGCUCGAGACUCGACUCCCAGAUGCGCGAUGGCCGCCGUAAUCUGCAAUUCUUCGAAGAGAAGCUCCGGGAGCUACAGAUGCGCCGUGUAAACCAGGGCAUGGACAACAUGUCCCUUGGGCCCGAUGGCCGACCCGUCAGCGGUGGCGUGUAUGGCGACGCAGGUCCCGCCCCUCCUCCCAAGGACGGUGACCAGGGUGGCUACGGAAGCCAGCAAUACAGUGAUAUUGGUGGCCACGGUGACCUCAUGCCGCCCCGCCAUCCCUACGGUCCUCCAGCUCCCGGCCCUUCUGGUAACUUGUCGCGACCUAGGCCAAACUUCACAAAGCUCGAUCUCAUCAAAUACGAUACGCCGUAUCUAGGGCCCCGCAUUCAGCUCAUGCUUUCCCAAAUCCAGUUCAAGCUCAACGUCGAGGAACAGUACCUAAAGGGUGUUGAGAAGAUGGUUCAGCUGUACGGCAUGGAGGGCGACCGGAAGAGCAAGGCUGACGCCGCUGCUCGCCGAGUUGAGAGCAAGCAGAAGAUCGUACUUCUAAAACAAGCCUUGAAGCGAUACGAAGAGCUCCACAUUGAUAUAGACUCGGCGGAUUCCCCUGAUGAUGACUCCAUCAACAUGCCAAACCUGCGCAAGCCUCUCACCGGUCAGCUCACGAUCCGUGUCAUGGCAGUCAAGGAUGUUGAUCACGCCGCUACCAGCCGGUUCGCGAGGGGACCCGAAACUUUUGUCACCGUCAAGGUCGAAGACAAUGUUGUGGCGCGAACGAGGGCAUCACGCAAUGACAGAUGGGAAUCCGAAUAUCACAACAUCGACGUCGACAAAGCGAACGAGGUUGAGCUUACUGUGUACGACAAGCCCGGAGAGCACCCCCUCCCCAUCGCCAUGUUGUGGAUCAGGAUAUCAGACAUCGUUGAGGAGAUGCGCCGGAAGAGGAUCGAGGCUGAGAUUAACAACUCUGGCUGGGUCUCUGCCGACAGGAUGGUCAACCAAGGCGGCGCUGCCCCUCCUCAGUUCCCUAUGACCCCUCAGCAACAGCAGCAGUACGGUCCCUCUCCGGGCCAAGGCGGCAGUUUCCCCCCUGGCGGCGCACCGCCGCCGCCGGGCCACCCUCCGAUCGCUCACUCCGGUCCGAUCGAAGGCUGGUUUAACCUUGAGCCGAGCGGCCGAAUCCAGCUGUCACUCAGCUUCAUCAAGCAAAACAAGGACCGCCGCCCCAUCGACCUUGGUCUUGGCCGAAAGGGUGCUAUCCGACAACGCAAGGAGGAAGUUCACGAGAUGUACGGCCACAAGUUUGUGCAACAGCAGUUCUACAACAUCAUGCGCUGUGCUCUCUGUGGUGAGUUCCUGAAAUAUUCCGCCGGUAUGCAGUGCGAAGACUGCAAGUAUACCUGCCACACGAAGUGCUACUCGAGCGUCGUCACCAAGUGUAUCAGCAAGAGCAACGCCGAGACCGACCCGGACGAGGAGAAGAUCAACCAUCGCAUCCCGCACAGGUUCCAGCCUUUCUCGAAUAUGACUGCCAACUGGUGCUGUCAUUGCGGUUACAUGUUACCUUUCGGCAAGAAAAACAGCAGGAAAUGUACCGGUAAGUGGAUAAGUCUGUUUCGCUCCUCUUCCAUGCUCGUCCCCCUAGGCACCCACACGUGUGUCCAUCUUGUGCCCGAUUUCUGCGGCAUGUCGAUGGCCGUCGCAAAUCAAAUUUUAGAAGGAAUCAGAACGCAGAAGCAACGAAAGCAGGAGAGGGCGUCCAUGGCCGAGCGAACGCUAAGACAGGGCGGACCGAAGCCUGGCCAAGGGCAGCAGGGACCAUACGCCUCGCCUCACUCGCCAUCAUAUGGCACUCCGUCGCCCGAAGCCGCGGAGGCUGCGAAACUUACUUUCGCCAACCAACCUCAGUCGCAAAAGACGCAACCCGACCGUGCAUCCAUAUCGUCCGGCUCCACGGCGGCGACCGCGGCUGCCUCCGUCGCCAUGUCCGGAUCCAUCAGGACGUCGCAGUCUCAGGAUUAUGACCGUUACAGCUACGGAUCGCAGGCCCAGCAACAGCAACCUGCAGAGAGCGCCUAUGGCCAGGGCCAGCAAUACGGCGCUCCACAGCAGCGAAAAUAUAACCCCGCAGACUACGCCAACGUGAAUGCUCCGCAGUACGCCCAACACCCCGUCCAACAACAGCAGGCGAUCCAGCACCAGCAAUCGAUCCCCCACAUGUACCAGCAACAACUGCCUCAUCUCCAACAGCCCCAACAACCCCAGCAACAGCCCCAGCAACAGCCGUUGUCGCCCCAACAUCAACAACCGCCGCAGCAGCUGUAUGGAAAGCCUCAAAUGGGAGAACCUCUCGCGCCACCUCCCUCGGCGAGCCCCACAGAUCUCUCCGUGUCACAGCGCAAGCCUCUCCCGUCCGCCACAGACCCCGGCACGGGACAGAGGAUUGGUCUUGAUCACUUCAAUUUCUUGGCUGUCCUCGGCAAGGGCAACUUCGGAAAGGUCAUGUUGGCCGAAACGAAGAGGAGCAGGCGUCUCUACGCCAUCAAGGUUCUUAAGAAGGAGUUCAUUAUUGAGAAUGACGAAGUUGAAAGCAUAAGGUCGGAAAAGCGAGUCUUCUUGGUCGCAAACCGGGAACGACACCCCUUCUUGACAACCCUUCAUGCUUGCUUCCAGACUGAGACUCGAGUGUACUUUGUCAUGGAGUACGUGAGCGGAGGCGAUCUCAUGUUGCAUAUUCAGCGUGGCCAGUUCGGUACAAAACGUGCCCAAUUCUACGCCGCCGAGGUUUGCUUGGCUCUCAAGUAUUUCCACGAGAAUGGUGUCAUCUACCGAGAUUUGAAGCUUGACAAUAUUCUCCUCACUCCCGACGGGCACCUCAAGAUUGGCGAUUACGGUCUUUGCAAGGAAGAUAUGUGGUACGGAUCCACCACCGGCACUUUCUGCGGAACUCCUGAGUUCAUGGCGCCAGAGAUUUUGUUGGAUAAGAAGUACGGACGAGCCGUCGACUGGUGGGCAUUUGGUGUUUUGAUCUACCAAAUGCUCCUCCAGCAAUCGCCUUUCCGUGGCGAGGACGAGGACGAGAUUUACGAUGCUAUUCUUUCCGACGAACCCCUUUACCCCAUUCACAUGCCUCGCGACUCGGUCGCCAUCCUACAGAAGCUCCUCACCCGUGAACCGGACCAGCGACUCGGCAGUGGCCCAACGGACGCGCAAGAGAUCAUGAGCCAGCCGUUCUUCCGAACCAUCAACUGGGACGAUGUCUACCACAAGAGGGUCCAGCCCCCAUUCCUGCCAACCAUCAAGAGCCCGACUGAUACCAGCAACUUUGAUUCCGAGUUUACUAGUGUUACCCCGGUUCUCACUCCAGUCCAAUCAGUGUUGUCCCAAGCCAUGCAGGAGGAGUUCAGAGGCUUCUCGUACACGGCAGAUUUCGAAUAG